GCGUAUUAAAUUUUAUUGCUCAAUAAAGCAAGUAACUACGAUUUGCCUGAACGGAACCCAAAUGGAUUCUACAGCUGACUCAAACGAUUACAAAUUCCAGAAAGGCAAAAAGAAAUCACGAAAUCCGCUGAGCUUGAAGGUCCAUAUCAAUACGGAACCACGUACUACAUUCAAUCCUUCAAGGGCAAAAUCGAAUAGAAGCGAUUCUCUUGGUGCCAUAGAAGAAUUAGUUCAAUGUGGGAUAUGUCUGGAUCGUCUAUCCCACCCAAGGAUGUUGCCAUGUCAGCAUACAUUUUGUCUUUCUUGCUUGCAGACUCAUCUUGCCGCUAAAAAUUUGAAAUUAAAAAAACUUCCGGUUAAUGAUAAUGAACUAUCAAUAAAAAAACACAUCAACGUUAGGAAUGUCAAGUGUCCUGUGUGCCAACAAGUUACCGACUUACCUGACGGAAUUAAUAAUCUGGGAAAAUUGCCCAAAAAUCUGUAUAUUGACUCAUUGCUUAGAUUACUAAAAGAUGAUGGCUCGCUUACAACUCCUGCGUGCCAGGAUUACAGUUGCGCAAAUUGUCAAACAUUGUCCAAAGACGUGGAACAAUGUUGUCAACAUUGUAUGAAGUUAUUUUGCAAUGUUUGCUGGAACGAACAUUUAACCCAGUUAGAGUCAAAUUUGUCACUGCUCGUCAAUCAGUUGCUAGAGUCGGAGACUCGACUUAAACAUAAAAACAGCAACUUCGAUGCUCGGUGUGAUAAAUUAGAAGAAAAAGUUAGACACACCACUCAACGCAAAAUCGACGAAUUGCGCCGUAACGAAAAAAAGGUCAUCGAAGAAAUUGAAAGCAUUAAGCAAGAGGGACAUAUUUCUGCGGAUAUAUUAAACGAAUGUGUAAAAAAAUUAAGGGAAGAAAUUAUUUUGAAACCGGGAAAGACGGAUUAUCAAAAGGUUUCAACGUACUUAGAUCUACACAAACAAACUUCAAAACUAUUGGAACAGGUUAAUUAUUUCGGCGAAACCCGCAUUACGUUUGAUCCCUUAACUUUCAAAUUAGAGCAAUGUACAGAAGCGGUAUAUAACGGCGAGGAAGAAGAGCAGGAAGUUGUGGCGACGAUAACUAAUCCAUUUGAAAGUAUUGACUCGUUAGUCAAGUAUUACAGAUCAAAAUCGUUCACUCCAAAACUUCUCUGGACGAAAUGUCCUAGACCUGCAGGAAUUGGUGUGCCUCCAUGGGACGAUUCAAAACUUUUUAUUGCCGCUACUGAUAGUCACGACGUUUUAAUAAUAGACAAAAAUAAAUUCAAAUUAAAUACGAGAUUAUACAACGCCAACAUGAUUUGUCCGGUCGGAGUGACAUUUUCUGCUCAGCGGAAGGAGACUUUUGUCACGGAUAAGUGGAAACACUGCAUUCACGUAUUCUCAAGCGAUGGAGUAUACUUGAGGAACAUUUGUAAUCAAAAACUCCGCAGUCCGGAAGGUAUCGCGAUGGGACCAGACGAAGAAAUUUUGGUAUGCGACACGGGAAAUGACAGAGUUUUGGUAGUGGAUCCGGAAUCCGGAGAAAAAGUUAACAUUAUUGGACCCUCAAGUGGAACGUUUUGUCUUAAUUUUCCGACAAGCGUGGCCAUUCACGGCGGCAAAAUCGUUGUUAUGGAUUCGGGGAACAACAGGGUCAAAAUAUUCAAUCGAAAUGGUGAAUUCCUUAGCGAGUUUGGUUCAUUUGGUAGCAAUCCAGGACAGUUCAGAUACGCAGAAGUGGUAGCUGUGGACCAGUUGGGCUUUAUUUUUGUGGGUGAUUCUGGUAACGCGAGGAUACAAGUAUUCAAACCGGACGGAACAGUUGUGAAAAUUUUUGGAACCAAAGGUGGAUUUAAGUGGGUAUCCGGAAUUUUAAUAACACCAGACCUAAACGUUAUCGCUACUGAUAUUAAAUCGCGCAACCUUAGAAUUUUUUAACAAGCCUAUUGUAAUGUUUUUAUUGUU